UACCGUUUUUUCCGAAACGCGAGAUUUCAUCUUAUCGCGAGAUCUCGUUCGAGAUUGCAUUCUGUAUUUGUUUACCAUGUUAACAAGGUGCUAGGACUUGCUCACACCAAAAUAACUGCUGUUUUGGUCCAGAUUAACAGAACUUCCAUUCCAUCAUGUCAUUCGGAUUUAACACUAACACCCGAUCUAAAGAAGAUAUUUCUUUCCGACUUAAACAACACAAUGUCAAACGAGCUCGAGAUGAGACUCGUAAGCUUGAGACUGAGAGCAGAAAGAUGGAGGAGAGACUGGCUGAGCUUAGACUGGCGAUGAACAAAGAAAAGGAAGAAAGAGAGAGACAGGGAGGAGGGUACUGGUCUCGGGGUCAGACAGGGAACCUGAACUCGUACGCGACCGACGUAUUAAACAAGCCUUCAUCCUCGUCAUCAUCAAAGAGUUCUGGCAAAAAGAAAGUGAAAAUUCUAAAAGACACACCUCUUGAUAUUCCAGAGAGACCAAGUCAGCCAGGAACAAUGGCCUACAUUGCCAAACAGGAAGUGUCCUUGACCCCUAGACAAAAGGUCAAGGGUCCCAAAUGUGGUCAAUGCGAGGAGAAAAAGGCAGCAGUGUCGUGUGUUCAGUGCUCAGAGCUGUAUUGUCCUGGAUGUUUCACCGCGUUCCAUCUGAAAGGUGCCCUGAAGAAACACCGGUCCCUCCCUGUAUCUGCGACCGGCCCCAGACAGUGUAUGUCGCCCCGCCCUGCUCCUCCUGUCUCUAAUGGCAAUGGGGACUUUGACACUCAUUCCUCAGAAAACUUUGAUAGUUACCCCUCUGAAGGUGCGAUCCACCCCACAAACUCUGCAAUCAACAGAGUCCGUUUUGAUGAUCACGGCAGAAACAGUCCUGAGGGUGCCAGCGGUUCGUUUGAUGGACCGUCCUUGUUCACAGGGAAUUAUAACGAGGCGGAGAGUGCUGCCUCAUUUCAGCAGGCCUUGGCCGCCUGGAGAACUGGGAAAUCGGAGGGAGGGGAACCAGCCAGCGAGACCCCGCGACAACCACAGGUCCUCAAAGUAGAAACACCUCGUCAGACAGCUCCUGUAGGCAUUGACAGUGGAACAGAAACCAAGAAACCUCCCCCUGUGGAGAUCAAGUUCUCCUCCAACCUCAGUUACGCUGAGCGCCUCCUCAUCAAGAAGCACCGGAGGACCGACGUGGACAAGUCUGACACCCCCAGACUGAGCCUGCCCCCUACCCCAAGGCUUAACUUCCAGUCCAUGCCUGAGGACAGCCACAGUGAGGUAGAGAUGCCCUUUACACCUCGAAGUCAGCAAACUCCUCGUAUUGAGGCUUAUCCUCAGGGAGACAAUGAGGAGCAAGAUGAGGAAAUGGAAGAUGAAGAGAGAGUAAAUUUCAAUGCCCUUUAUGAACUGUCAAAGAUGGCUGCCAACACAAAUGGGGGAAAACCUCGCCACGACGAGGAUAAUAUUUCCAUCAUUGAACUUGACUCUGUGACAACAAAUCCGACCAUUGAAGAGACCACUCAGUUUAUGGUCCAAGAAUCCAGUGAUCUCGAGGCAUGGACUGCAAAAGAAAGUGCAAGAGAUACUGCCAGAAAUAGUGCUAGGGAGAGAUUUAUAGAGAGUGAUAGAGAUGACAUGAGAGAGAAAACUAGAGACAGCAUUAGAGAAAUGAGUAGAGAAAAAACUAGAGAAAGCAUUACCAAUAGAGAGAGUGAGAGAGAAAACCAAAGAAACAGUAAACCACCAAAGUCUUCAACUCGCCGCACGGCACCCAACAUGGAGGACAACAUCAAUACCUCUCCAGAAAACAGGUCAAGCAAACCACCAACCAGGAUGGAGGAUAGACUGGGGUCAGGAAAGGUCAAGGACAGGAGUCAGGACCAAACAGAGGCAAGGGUCAAGUCAGGCAAGGUUCGACCCGUCUCUGGGAAAUCCCGACCGCCGUCAAGCAGAGCCAAGAGUCGCCAAGAGUCUCAGAGACCUGGAUCAGGGACAAGGAGUCGCGCAGGAAGUCGGGCCGGUAGUAGGGCCGGCUCAUGGAUGGAAGGGGAAGGUGUUCUGACUAAGGCUCCCAGUGAAGCUCUCAGUAUGGUGGCCCAGAUGUCAGCCGACGUUCAAGUUCAACGAAGUGUUCCCUUGGAAGAGCUGUUCAUGAUCGGAGUGACCCCUGUUCAACAAGACAGGGUCAUGACCCCGUCCAGAGCAAAAAGUGCCAAGGGAGACAAGCUAAAAGUCAGCAAUCAGUUGUAUCAGAUGGCCCCGCGCUCCUGGAGACCAGACAGUAGUCUAGCAGACAAUGUUCCAGAGGAACUAGUGCAGAUUGAACCCAUAGAGGACCCCCUAGCUGUUCCCAUGGAAACAGAUGCUAUAGACAUGGUCAUGGAUGCCAAUGUUUUCCCUGGCAGCACAGAUAGAAGUGAUCUGGAAACACCUACACCAAGAGCCCCAAGUCGCAGUGACUCCUUGCUACGAGACUCCACACUGCCAGAGUUUACCAGAAAUACUAGUCACCUGUCAACCAAUCAGAGGUCACCAGAACCCCCCAAGGAGGAGAAGAGCUUCCGGCAACCUAGCAGGCACUCCAAGAGCCGGUCUUCCCACCACACCCUCACUCCCAGACUAGAGACACCCAGGAGGGAUCGAUCAGAUGAUGUAGAACCCUCUGAUGUUCAGUCCUCUGCAACUUUCGAUGGACGUCCCAGCAGUAGAGGGCUAGUUCCACAGGGGGUAAGGGCGGUCAGUCGAUCGGGAACAGGAACUACUCCGAGGUCCCAGAGAGCCUCCUCCCGUGUUGGGGGAGCAACUCCAAGAGGAGAGGAUUCAGAGAGACCACUUUCCAGGGCUAUUGUUGUGGAUGGGGAGGAUCUCUCAUCCUACGACACUGUGGGCGACCAGGAGAGCCGGAACAUUGAUGACCAGGAGAGUCUGAGUAAACUGGAGUGGGAGCUGGCCUCGGAGUCAGGGAGGCUAACAGCUGAUGGUCAAAUUUCUCGAAUGAGUGUCUUACCGGACACAGACGAUGAGGGCAGCACAGGAAGUAGCCGCUCCUUCAGCAGAAUGAGUCAGCAGGACCAGGGCUAUGACAUCAACUCAAGGCUCAGAGAAGAUGAACUGAUGGAUGAUGAUGAUGAUGAAGAUAGAGAAAGUGAAGAGGAAAAUGAGGUCAAAGCGCUUCACUGAACAAACUUUGCAAAGAUGGUUCUGAUUGGAUGAAAACUGACUUCUGGUGUUUAAAGACAUGGCUAGAUAGAUUUUUAAAUUUUAUUUGCAUGUUUUCCAAUUCUUGCAGUUGUGUUUUUUAAAAAGCAGGUGUACAAUUUUGCAGUUUCACUUCUAACAGUAUAUGGUGAAGCAUUUUGAUAAAUUUUACAGUGACUGUUACAUUUUACACAAAUUGAAACGAUAAUUAUAGUUUUGAAAAAAUGAGUUGAUAUAUGAUUUCCCUUGUUUGAAUAAAUAUUUGAAUUCUUGUUACUCAGGUUAUUUUUACACAAUUCAACAGCAUUUUCGAAACAUAUAAAUCUGAAGCUUCUCAUUGAUUCCGUCUUUUUCAGACCAGAAUCUGGAGAUUAUUGCGGAAUUAUUCAUUUAAAAUAGCAUAUGUUACCUAUUAUAACUGCACACUUAAUAUAAACUUAAUAUUCCAAUGCUUUAAAUUUCUCCCUGGAUUUGUUACAGUUUCAUUGACGUGUGUGUUUCAUUGAUCGUUGUGGCAUGAGUUGUUCAAAAGCAUUAAAAACU